AUGGUAAAGAAGAAGCAGACUGAAGAACAGAAGCAAGCAGCAUUCGCAGCAUGGCAAGCAUCAGAGGAGUACACCAAAAUCUUCAGCUUCUCUAAUGCUAGAAAUACCAUAAUGCCUAUUGAAAUGGGAACUAGAGACAUUAGUGACAAGUGGGAUCAGUUCUUGAAGGAGCUAUUCGAACUGAUGGUCUUCUUAAAAGUUCCUGGCAGGAAGGCUAAAUCUUAUGAACAGUAAUAUGUGAGAACAAUGUUCUUGGAGAAGUGCGAGAAGAAGUCUAUUGAUGGCACAACUUACGAUAUUACAAUGGGAUGUGGAGUCGAAAUUUGGAACUGUAAAUCAAAGAUCGUAGAAAUCUAUAACUACUUGGAUCCCAGUAUGAUGGAAAUGCAACUGACACAUGAGACCUACAUCAGUUGGAAAAAGGAACUUAUUAAAAUGCUCAAGGAAUGGGAUAAACUCUAUGUGAAACAUAUUAAAAGUGGUUACGUCGAAAUGAACGCAAUUCAUAUGCAAGCAAUGAAGCCUUUAACAAAUUUACUUGAAUCCAAUUUGAAUUUCCACUACUUGGAACUGAUCGAAAAAAAGAAAGACGUUCCUAGCUUUAGACAUGAUGCUUUAGAGCAGAAAUUUGAGGAGCACAUGACAAAGAUUUGUGAAAUUUUCUAUAACUUUGGAACUCUUAAGAAUAGUUUUGAUAUUAAGUAGAUGCUGCAUGUACUUAAAACAAAAGACUGGCCAAAUAUUCCACCUCUAUCCUUUUACUUCCAACCUCUCUAAGACGCUCUUAAUGACACUAGAAAUUGGCUUCUAAAGAUGAACGAAGAUGGUAUCCUAAGAUGCAAAUAUAUCAUUGAAGAUAACACUGAGCUUAUGGAUAAGACUAUUCUUAUGAUCUAGAAAGAUUUAAUCGCCUAAUGGCUUGGAGGAGAUGAGUUAAAGCAAGAUUAGUUCAAAUUCAUUUACAAGGUAACCAAAGUUAUCUUUGACUGUGCUCUAAGAGAUAAACUUGUUAAUAAUGAUCCUCAUGUGGUUGAUACAGUCAUUCCUCAAAUGGUGGCUUUCUAUUCGAUCCUAAAUAUUAAGCAUAUUCACGAUACUAAAGCUUUAGAAAAAAUAAAGGAAGAGGAAAAAGCAGAGAGGGAGGGCAGAAAGGUAACUUUUGGCUCAACCAAGGAAGAGGAAAAGAAAGGACCAUUAACUGAAGAGCAGAUAUAUAGAAGAAGAAUUGAGCAGCAACUCAAUUAAUCCACUACCUCUUAAUUCACAAGUGAAAUGCAAAAGCAAAGAGAACUUGAUAAAUAAGAAAAUGAAAAAUACGGAAGAAUGUGGAUUUGGGAUGGCUACAUCAACCCAGCUAAGAAGGAGCAGUUCUUAGCAUGUGCUGAGAAGUUGCGUCAUGUAAAUUCUCAUGUGGUUGAAGACAUUGAGGACUUCAUAUUGCUUUAAGGCUUUAAGGGAAUGAAACCCCUUGAUAUUAAGAAAACUAUAGAUUCAGAUUUGCAUAACAGAAGAAUGAAGAAGAAGAAUAGAACCAAGGAGGAUGAAGAAGAAGAGAAGAUCUAAGACCAAAGAAGAAACUUCCUUUAUCAAAUGAGACCCAAGUUCUGCUGGAAUUUCUUUGAUGAUUCAGAGGUAAAGAUCCCUCACUUGCUCAGAUAUAAUGCCAGUCCCAUGGAAUGCUAUGAGGAUGGAAGAGUUCAAAGCAUUUUAAAGGAUAUUUCUGAGAUUGGACAUCACUUGGCUAAAUAUGAGGAAGUAAAUUGGAAGAGGCUUAGAGACUCUACUCUUGAGAUUUUCAGGCACAUGGACAAGCAUGAGGGAGAUGAUGAUGAUAAAAAGUGA